AUGUCGAGUGAUCAAUUAAUUGAACGAUGGUGUAAAGAUCAUGCGACACCUACUACUGUUCAAUGGCUUGUUGAUAAUUUUGAACCAGCUGAAGGCAGUUCAAUACGUCGUUCAAUUUUAUAUAAUUUCUACCUUGAACAUUGUCUUGGCCUUAAAGUUGAGGCACUGAAUCCAGCUAGUUUUGGGAAAUUAAUUCAUUCAGUUUUUCUCGGUUUAAAAACACGUCGAUUAGGCACUCGAGGAAAUUCAAAAUAUCAUUAUUAUGGUAUACAAGUUAAAUCUUCAUCACCAUUAAUAAAACAAAUUCCUUUUGAUGGUGAUUUAUUACUUCUAUCAAAUACACAUCAAGAUUUCGAUAAUCAAUCAAUUCAUUUGAAUAUGUCGCCCAAUGAGCAUAUAUUUUCGCCAAUAUCUACAUCGAUGAAUAAUAGCAAUAAUAAUAAUAAUAAUUCAUCGAAUGAAUUUUUAUCUCCAAAAGAUUCAUUAUUACUAUCAAAUGAGUUACCAUCAGACAUUACAAUAAAUGACAUAAAAGAUUUUCAAAAAACUCACGAUGAUUAUUCAACAAAACUUUAUCAAUCAUUACUAAAAUUUGAAUAUGAUCAUACAGAAAAAUUAAUUCAACAAUUCUGGUCACUUACUAAUAUUCAUUUUUCACAAACAAAUGAUCUAACAAACAAUGACCCAAUGAUCACUUGGAAAUUCAGUCGCAUAUGUACAAUACCAUUUAUUCUUGAACAAAUUCGUUUAUUCUAUUCGAAAUUUUAUCAAACAAUAAUAGAUAGCUAUUUUCCUAAUGUUCUUACAUCUCUAACACAAACAACAAUUGAGGCUAUCCGUACAAUAGCAAAUAAUAUAUCCUACUGGUUAAUACAUGCCAUUGAACAUGUAUAUGAUCCAUUAAAAUUAACACUAAUUCAAUAUACUCAAGCAUUUAGUUCCAUACUGUUACGUUAUACAUCUUUGAAUCAUUUAUCUUUAACUGUUCACGCAAUGUUUUUGCAAUCGUCACGUUUAAUCACAAUGUCGAAUGAUUUAACACAUAUAAACUUCAAUGAUUUACAUGAACAAAUCAAUUGGUUAAUCGAAUGUGAUUUAAAUUUAUUUAUUAAAAUAGAACAAUGUUUUAAAAAUCUAUUUCAAUGUCAAACAAUGUUAACCGUACACAAUUGGACAACAUUUAUCGAUACAUUAUUAGAUGAUCAUUUAAUAUUAUAUAAUAAUACAAAAGAAUAUAUUUAUAAUGCUCGACAGUUUUUAUUAAAAACAAAUUUCUAUUGUUCAUUAAUAUUACGCGAAUUAACAUUACAUUAUGGUACAUCGCUUGGUUCAUUUCAUUUAUUACAAUUAUUUAUUGAAGAAUAUCUUUAUUAUCGUAUUGAACAAAAAAUAUCAUAUUAUUUAAAUCAAUCAGUCAUUAAUCUAGUGAUUGAAAAUCUAAAUAAUGAACAACAACAACAAAAAUAUAUAAUGAAUAAAAACUAUCAAUAUUUUUUCAAUGAUGAUGAUAUUGAUGAGGAUUUUGAAAGUUUAUCAGAUGAUUUUAAUGAUCCUAGAAAUAUUCUCAAACCAUUAUCACCUGCUCAAAUCGAUGAUUUUAUUUUACCACAUGGAACAGUAACUGAUUCGUUUUCAUAUAUAUUUGAAGAUUUACAACCAUUAUCAAAUGAACUAUUUUAA